AGUGUGCUAAGUCUUUCGGCGCGAUGUCCCUUUCCUCUGUCUUGUUGGGGUUUUCUUGUAAACGAGUGACUCCGUUAUUGUGUAAACGCUUACACACCGGGACAACUACUGGCCAGAAAGGUUUACUACGACUGAAUGGAUCUCUUCGAGGGAUUAUCAAGGUUAACAAGGGGAGCACCAGCCAGCAGGUUCGUGACCAGGCGGAACGGGAAAUGCAGUCCUUUUGGGAAAGGAACAUUACGAAAAAGCGUCCUUGGUCUCCUCACCUUCAGAUUUACUCACCCCCUGCUGUGAUGCGUUUUUCGUUCCUUCACCGUGCCACGGGUAUCGCUAUGGCUCUAGUCUGGGCGGCUGUCGGAUGUGGAGCCUUCUUCUUCACGGGUCAGUAUGAUCAAAUGCUGGAGUAUGUGCGGAAUCUCCAACUUGGAUCGACCAUCAUAACCAGCUGCAAAUUCGUCCUUUGUUAUCCUCUUGUAUACCACUACCUUAAUGGUAUGCGUCAUCUGGCCUGGGAUUAUGCCAUCGGUUUCCCCAUCAAGACUUGCAAUACAACGGGAGCAAUAGUCACCGCAUUGUCUCUCAUUAUUGCUGCCGGGUUGGCUGUUCUCAGAGUUUAGUAGUUCGACCUGACUGAUGCGUGAAUACCAAUUAUCCGCGUGAUCACCAUUCUUUGUUCCACAUCCAGAGCACGUGUAUGCUUAGUUCGUUUUGUGUCACUUUUUUCAGUAAUAUAACCCUCUCAAGC